UGGUGUAGUCUGUCUGCCAUGUGACUCAUAUUUAUCCUGGUAAAACUGCAGAAUUAUUUGAAAGAGAAGAAAGGACAGAAAUUCCCCCCUUCUUUAAGGUAGCCUUAUCAUCUAGGGCCUAAAAUAUUGAUUUAAUGGUGAAGGUAACUGAUUUAGGACCCUAGAACAAUACUUGAGAGGCUACUAGUACCAAUGGACUCUGUGGACUAUGGUCACUUCUCCAAGGAUUUUAUAAAAACCUAUCGUGGUAAACAGGAUUCAGGGCAGAGGGAAACUCCGCCACCAAGUAAAGGAGCAUGUCCCCUCAUAGCCAAAUGGACAAGAAGCCCUCCACCAGGAAAGGUGCAGAUUUCUGUUCAUUACGCUAUGGUUUGGCUGUCAUCAUGCAUUUCUCAAACUUCACCAUGAUCACCCAGCGUGUGAGUCUUAGCAUUGCAAUCAUUGCUAUGGUGAAUAGCACUCAGCAUCAUGGUUUGUCCAAUGCCUCUGCAAAAGUAUUCCUUACAGACACCCUCAAUAAUCCCAGCAGAUCCAUCAAGACAUUUAAUACAGGGGCCUCUGUGUAUGAAUGGAGCCCGGAGACUCAGGGUAUCAUCUUUAGCUCCAUCAGCUAUGGGAUUAUACUCACACUGAUCCCAAGUGGAUAUUUAACAGGGAUAUUUGGAGCAAAACAGAUGCUUGGUGCUGGCUUGCUGAUAUCCUCUCUUCUCACCCUCUUUACACCACUGGCUGCGGAUGUCGGAGUGAUUUUGGUUAUUGUGAUUCGGACAGUCCAGGGCAUGGCCCAGGGGAUGGCAUGGACAGGUCAGUUUACAAUUUGGGCAAAAUGGGCUCCUCCACUUGAACGAAGCAAACUCACCAGCAUUGCAGGGUCAGGCUCAGCCUUUGGGUCCUUUAUUAUUCUCUGUGUAGGAGGACUAAUCUCACAGGUGUUGGGCUGGCCUUUCAUCUUCUACAUCUUUGGUAGCAUCGGCUGUGUUUGCUGCCUCCUGUGGUUCAUAGUGAUUUACGAUGACCCCAUACAUCACCCAUGCAUAAGUGACAGAGAAAAGGAACACAUUGUAUCCUCCUUGACUCAACAGUCUAGUUCUCCUAGACGAUCUGUCCCCAUCAAGGCAAUGGCCAAAUGUCUACCACUUUGGGCCAUUUUUAUGGGAUUUUUCAGUCACUUCUGGCUAUGCACCAUAAUCAUAACAUACCUACCAACGUACAUCAAUUCUGUGCUCCAUGUUAACAUUAGAGAUAGUGGUGUUCUAUCUUCCCUGCCCUUUAUUGCUGCCUCAAGUUGUACAAUUCUUGGAGGUCAGUUGGCAGAUUUCCUUUUGUCUAGGAAUCUUCUCAGAUUAAUCACUGUACGGAAACUCUUUUCAUCU